AUGCCUGUGGAAGAUGACUUCAGAAGCCAAUUUUCAUGCUCAAUAUGCUUGGAUACAUUUAAAGACCCAGUCACCACAGAAUGUGAACAUGAUUUUUGCAGACCAUGUAUAAUGGAGUAUUGGGACAGACAAGAUACAUCUAUCUGUCCUCUUUGUCGACAGUUUUCCUCAGGCAUCUUGAGAACUAAUCGUACACUGGCAUAUGUUGUUGAGAUUCUUCAAUCAAAGAAAAGUAAUAGUUCUGGAGAAAGCAACUCAAGUGGAGACAAAAGUUUUGUGUUUCUACUUCUCCUCAUCCUCAUUUUUGUUAUUGUGCUUCUCUGGUCUUUGAGCCCAAAUGCAUCUUCACUUGGAUUUUACCCUAAAGAUUAUGACAUGUGUCCGCAGCACAAAGAGAAGUUGAAGCUCUUCUGUGAAGAUGAUCAGGAGUUAAUUUGUCUGAUCUGCAGGGAUUCAAAUAAGCAUAAAAACCAUCGGGUUUCUCCUGUCAAUGAAGCUGCUCAAUACUAUAAGGAAGAAUUGGCUACAACUCUGGAAUCAUUGAAAAUGAAGCAUGCUCAUCACCAAAUCAUGAAGUCCAAUUAUGAGGAGAACCUAACUUUGCUGAUGGAUGAAGUAUCAAUGACAGAGCAAAACAUUGGGAAGGUCUUUGUGCGCCUUCAAGAGCUCCUGAGAAGGGAAGAGGAGAGCAUUAUGCAAGAACUCCACAAUGAUGCUUGGCAACGCUUCACGAGGCUGGAAGAAAUCAUCAUGCAGCUGACCUUUGAACUGAGUACAUUAUCAGACAUCAUUCAAGCUGUCACCGAGGACCUUAUUCUGGAAGAUGCCCUUACAUUCCUAAUGAAGCUAAAAACAGCACAAGAAAGAGUUAAAAUGGCAAUUUCUGAUCCCAGCGAAGUGUCUGUAAAGAUGGACGAUGCCAAGUACAACAUCCUAAUGAUAUACUAUACCUGGAAAAAAAUAGUCAAUGAAAUUGGUUUUAAUACCGUGCUGCUGAGUCUAGAUGCUGAAACUGCACACCGGGACCUCCUCAUCUUCAACAACAUGAGCAGUGUCGUAUACAGGCAUGGUCUGAAGAAACCCCUGGAUAGCAGCUUGCGAUUCACUACCCAUCCCUUUGUCUUGGGCAAGCAAGGGUUGUCAUCUGGAAUACACUACUGGGAGAUCUUUGUAGGUUGCAAGACAGAUUGGAUUUUAGGGGUGACUAAAAAAUCCGUGGAACGUAAGAUGCAUAUCUCAUUGACACCUCAAAAUGGUUUAUGGACUUUGGAGAAAAGAAAUAAUCACUACUUGGCAAACACUGUGCCCCAUGUGAUUAUCUUCUCACGGUUAAAGUCCCAAAAAGUUGGAAUUUAUCUCAAUUAUGAAGGUGGUUUGGUAUCCUUUUACAAUGCCGACUAUAUGAAUUUAAUAUACACCUUCAAAGCCACAUUCAUGGAGACAUUGUACCCCUUGUUCAGCCCAGGAUUUAGUUUCACACCACUAAGAAUAAUCCAUGUAAACCCUUGA